CAACAACAUUACGUGCGCAUGUCCUUUAAAAAACCGCGAACAAGAUGGAGGGAAACGGAAUUUCUAAUGGAGUUUCUCCAGCGAAAAGACCUAGAAAACAGGACCUGAACACGGUCAAUGUUGUACUUGGAGCUCAAUGGGGUGAUGAAGGAAAGGGAAAGGUUGUAGACAUGCUAGCUACCACAUCGGACAUUGUCUGUAGAGCCCAGGGUGGUAAUAAUGCUGGGCAUACAGUUGUUGUGGAUGGAGCAGCUUAUGAUUUCCACCUUCUUCCAAGUGGUAUCAUCAAUGAGAACUGUAUCUCUCUUAUAGGCAAUGGUGUUGUUAUCCAUGUACCUGGGUUAUUUGAUGAGAUUUACAAAAAUGUAGAAAAAGGAAUGAAGAAUUGGGAGAAUAGACUGAAAAUCUCAAAUAGAGCACAUUUAGUGUUUGACUUCCACCAGGCAGCCGACGGCCUCCAAGAGCAAGGAAGAGGAAGUAAGAGUAUAGGAACUACCAAGAAAGGCAUUGGUCCCACCUAUGCCUCAAAGGCCACCAGAAAUGGCAUCAGGGUCUGUGAUCUCGUUGGUGACUAUGAGGAUUUCAAAGUCAAGUUCACCAACUUAGCUAACCAUUUUCAGAAAAUGUACCCCAGCAUCCAUAUAGACGUAGAUGCUGAACUAGACUCAUAUAAGGAUUGGAGGGAGAAGAUGAAACCCCUAGUUGUCGACUCUAUAUCUUGGAUGAACCAGGCACUAAAGGACAAAAGCAAGGCUAUCCUUGUCGAGGGGGCUAAUGCCACAAUGCUGGACAUUGACUUUGGUGUAUACCCCAAUGUGACAUCAUCUAACUGCAGUAUAGGAGGAGUAUGUACAGGGUUAGGUGUACCUGUACAGUGUGUAGGAGAGAUCUAUGGUGUUGUUAAGGCCUACUCAACCAGAGUUGGGGGUGGAUACUUGCCUACUGAACAGCUCAAUGAGAUUGGAACAACUUUACAAGAAAAGGGUCACGAAUUUGGCGUGACAACGGGAAGGAAAAGAAGGUGUGGCUGGUUAGAUAUGGUGGCCCUACGUUAUAGUAGCAUGAUCAAUGGCUUCACUGCGAUAGCUAUCACUAAGAUUGAUAUUCUUGAUGACUUUGAAGAAGUAAAGAUUGGUGUCUCAUACAACAUAAAUGGAGAGAAACUAGAAUAUUUCCCUGCAAAACAUGAAGAUCUAAAGGACGUUGAAGUUGAGUACAUCACUCUGCCUGGCUGGAAGUGUAGUACAGAGGAUGUGAGGCAUUUUGACAAUCUCCCUCUAAAUGCACAGAACUAUGUUUUAAAGAUCGAAGAGCUCAUGGAAGUUCCAGUAAAAUGGGUAGGAGUAGGACAAGCCCGAGAAUCAAUGAUUCAGAUAUUUUAACUCUUUCAUGGCAAGGCUAGCGAACCUCACACAUCAAGGUUUAUCAGGUCUGCCUCAUUGCAAAACCAAAACACAUAAUAUGCAACGGUUAACUUUCAAUAUGGACACUUGUCUUUGUGUAGCAUAGAGAGAUUCACCUUGGGAUUUACAGCAGAAUUUCCAAUAACAAACUUCUGAUAUUUGAACAAUGAACAUUAACAUUGCACCUGGUCAUUGUCAAUGAAACAAUGGGCUAUAACCAACAUGGGAAAUGGGCUAUAGCCACUAUUAGAUAUAAUUUUAGUGUGUUCAAUCAUGGCUGUGAUGAAUCCUUUUCAUUGGAAUGUGUGAAACGAAAUCUCUGUUGAUUGAAAUGUUAGACAAUGCAUGUAUUUCACUUGAUGUAUGUGGCAGCAAAUCAAAGUUCUGUUCACCAUACCUUUGCUCUUAGAUCAUACUUCAUAGAGGAAUAUUUUAACGAUUGUGUAAUGUAUAGGAUGUCUUGUCUUGGCAAAUUUAGGCAUACAUUAGUUUAACUGUACUUGUAUAUAAUCAGAACAUUUCAAGCGUUCUAAAUACAAAAUCUGUUGCGGGUGUUUGAAUCUACUCAAUUAUUACUCAGGGUUGAUAUUUAAUGGUAAACAAUCAUAUAGGGAUCCAUUCACAUUACAUGAUAUAAGCAUAAUAGAAAUAAGAAAAUGUGAGAAGAACUACAAGGAAACAAAUUGGAACAUGGUUUCGUACUGUUAGUAUUAUUGAGAUAAAUGGGGUCAGUGCUAGAUAUUGUCACAAUUUUAUGUAAAGACGAGGAUUAUCCAUUUCUUCUUGGCAUGUACUAUUGCUGCGCCAAGCUCAAAUCAGUUCUGAUUUGCAUGUACUGUAUGGUUUAAAUGAAGUGGGCUUAAAUAUCAAAAUAUUUAUUCAUUAUUAUUAAAUAUGUGUUGGGAGUGAGUGUUUUAGUUUUUAUACCAAUCAUGAAAUCGGUGAAUCUUUCACUUCAUGUUCCUUUUUAAUUAGAAGUUACGAGAUGUAAAAUACAACCUAUAUUUAAUGCACAGGGUUAUUUGGAAGUGAUUAUUAAAUAAUGUAUCUUUAUAACUAUCAUGGGAUUUUAGUUUGAAAAAAAUAGAGCCAAACCAUUUUUGAAUAUCCUUUAUAUUUAAAUGUUCACUCCACAGAACAUACAAGAUGCAUGCAUACAUGGUUAGAAAUUCUAAUAGAAUUUGCAAAAUUGUGACUAUUAUUCUUUUUAACAAACUGUAUGGUAUGGUGUGCACUGUGCACCACAUAUAUUUUAGUUUAAAUUAGCACAGCAUAGGAUUUGAUCCUACGUUUUCAGAUUAACUGAUUAGAA